AUGGCAAGUAUGAUAUGGGCUAUGUGGCUAAAGGUAUUGCACUAUUUGAAUGAAUCGAUUAGAACACUACUGAAUCUACUGAUGGAUGAAUUGACAGCCGAAUACUCAAAUUCUGAUGGUGGUACUGGUGCAGUCCAAGGCAAAGUAAAUCCGCGUCGCGCUGAACGUGAAAAAGCACUCUAUGACCUGGCAGAUGCGCUUGACGCUACAAGAAAUUUGAGGACAAAGCUGGAGGAAAUACUGGCGAGUGAUGCUACAUGCCAACAUUUGAAUUGGCUGUGGCUGCAACCGUUCCCGUGGCGCCAAUCGAUACGAAUGUCUUCAGAGUGGAAAGAGAGGAAAGUAUAUGAGAACAAGGGUGGUAUCCGUACCGACGCUGAUGGAAUACCUCCCGAGAUUGAUAUACUGCUUGACCACACUGGUGAGAAUGUGGCAAGAGUGAAAAAGGUAAUUUUUUUUUGGUUCGAAUACGCAGUGGCGAACAAAGAACUAAGAAGUCGACAGCGGAAACAAGAGGCGGUACUUUUGCAAGUGAAGAACCAAAAGAAAAGACUAGCUUCGGGAAAGCCCUUUACAACUUGGCAGACAUAA